AAUAAUUCUGAGUCGGUUGAUGUACAUAAAUAAAAGAGGUUGAGAAAGACCAAGGAGGAGGGAUUGCUCCAUAAUUCUAGAAAUAGAGAAAUCAGCAGUGGUGUUGAAGUUUCAAGUAACCUUUCUAGCCGUUCGCUGAUUCAUCAAGGGAGAUAAGGAGGAGGAGCGGCAAAGUUUCAAGAUGGGAUAUGAGGAGUUGUGAUGUCGAUGUAGAGGAGAUUAGGGAGAAUUGCCGUCAUCUUGAUGUUUUGAUAGAGGAGAUUAGGAGUGGCAAUGAUGUUUCAACAAGGGAGAUUAGGAGCGGUAUCGAAUUUUCGAGACACCUUACUAACCAGUCAAUUAAUUUGUUAUUAAUGGCAAUGAGGAACAAUGAUGUUCCCUUAAAGCCCCUUCUUAGUCCGCCAAGGAAAACAAGAAAAAGGAAGAUCAACAAUUUUGAAGUUCCAAGAAGGGACAUUACAGAAAAUGAUUUAGAAACGGAAAGAAGAAGGGACGCAGUCUUCUGUAACCUUUUGUUAAGCCGUCAUCAUGGUUCUCUUGGUGUUAAUAACGAACAUGGUACUAUUAUUGCUGUGCCCAGGGUUAGUAGUCAUCUUCUUGAUGAUGAGGGUAUAUUGUUGGAUAUUCUCAGUAGACUCCCGGUGAGAUCACUCUUGCGGUUCAAGUCAGUAUGUAAGCGUUGGUUGUCUUUGAUUAAACACAACCGACACUUUAUUAAUUUACACCUUACCCGUUUACAGUCACGUCCGAAUAUCCUCUGCAUCACUCCAAUGCAGAAGCAAAUCUAUGGCGGGAAUGGUAUAUGGUGUCGACCACUAAGUCAAACGCCUCGUCAUUGUAUUUUCUUAGCAGAUAUAUCAUCAGUCCAAGGCAGCAGCAGCAGCAUUGACGGCGAGGAACAAGUGCCAGCAGAAGCCAUUAUCCGGGACAUAAGGAUGACGACCGACGACGACGGGUUUGUUUAUGAUCUAGUUUUGAAACCGGUAAAUGGUUUGAUUGGCUUCGUAGAUUGGAUGGCAGAUGCCAUUAGGAUAUACAAUGUAAGUACACGAGAAGUAACUCCAUGGAUUAAAUCAACAUUAUUAGCAGAAGAAAAAAAUAGAUUUGAGAAAGAAGAUGACACAAUUGAGAUAAAGAUAGAUAAAGUUAGGUUUCCUGUUUUUCAACUUGGAUUUGAUCCUUCGACUAUGGAGCAUAAAGUUUUCUGCUUUUGGACACUAUCUAGAACCCAAUCUUUUCUUGGGCGUCAUUCUGGAUACCAAACAUAUGCAGCUUGGGAGGCGUUGACUGUAGGCCGUGACACUAAAUGGAGAAGAAUCCAUGUGGUUCCUAGUGACAACCAAAUGAAACUUGAUGAGGUUGUCCCUCCUUGGGACAAGGGGAGUUGGCAUGUGCAUAUAAAUGGUACCAUAUAUUGGCUAUGGUAUCCCAUGAAUCACAUCUCUCUUUGUCAGCAGUAUGUUGUGGUUCACGGACAUAUUCCUGAUCCAAAGGUCAUAGUUGCAUUUGAUGUAGGAAGUGAGAAGUGUAGAGUUAUCCCAAUCCCUAGUUUCAUCCUUGACGAGCCUCGUGAAGAAAGGUUCUCCUCGCCUAAUGCUAUUCUGGAGUUAAAUGGACGUGUAGCUCUAUCAUAUAGAUUGAGUCCUUACAUUCUGAAGUUAUGGGUACUAGAUGACGGGGUCGGCAGAAAGUUAGAGAAUUGUCACGGAAACGGAAAGAAUUGGACCGCAGAGAUUAUUAAACUACCUUUUCGAUGUGAUCCAGUUAUCAAAUUUCAUGCAGUUGUGGGAACUGAUCAGAUAGUUGAGUACUACGACGAUGCCCAGAGGAAUUUAUAGUUUUUGAGUACUACGACGAUGCCCAGAGGAAUUUAAAG